UAAAGAGUUAACUAAAUGAAUGAUAGGGGGGUUAACUCUUUGUUUCCUGCAAUAAACUUGGUGUGCCUAUCCAAGUGAUAUCUACAGAAGCUUUUAAAUAUAAUGAGUACCAGAGCUGAAAAAUUCCCUUGAGUGUCUGCCUCUACCUUAAGAGCUCAGUUUAAAUCAAAUAACUUUGAAGGCUCCUCUUCAAACCCAGAAAAGAUGGAUGGUGGGGGUGAAGUCAACCAGCCCCCACCCAAGAAGAAAGGAAUUGUAUUUAAAAAGAGAAAGUCAGACAUGGUUUUUAUCGACAGUGAACCGGACAAGGACGGAGUAGUGCAACUCGAAGAUUUGUCGAGCUUUAUAGUGAAACAAGACAAACUUCAUAUUUUUGAAAAUGACCGGGAUGGAUCAUUGGUUUGGGAUCGGAGGUUCCCUUUUAAUGUUGUUGCAGACGAGGUUGUUGAAUGUAUUUCAGAUAUAUCCCGGGUGGACGAGGUUGGGGACAUAGGAGUUGAUCAAUUUCUUCAGGUGCUGGGAUUCCGGUUGGCCUUUAUCGGCCAUAGUCAGGAGAAAAAACACAAGAAAGCUGUACUUGAGACUGCAGAGGAUGUUGUUUUAAGAGAACAAUUGAGUUCAAAGGAAACAGCCCUGACUGAAUUGAAGAAAAAGUUUUCUGAUGUGGAAAAGGAGAGAUGAAUGAGUUCGAAAGCAGCAAAGAGGGGGACAUUCUUGAUGCCUUUGCUGAAAGUUUUGAGCGGGCUGUGACUCAGGCUAAGUUUCUUGUGCCUGACGGGGACUUUUCAUCAAUGGAUCUGAGUAAGGUGAUUCGGGACGGUCAGCUUGUGGAUGAUGAAGAGGUUGUUGAAGAGGGGGGUGACAAUUUAGGUGAUUAGUCGUUUGGUAUUUUGCUGACUGUAUGCUUUGUUUUGCUCUGUGGGAACUAUGAAUCAUGACUGUUUUGUUUUGGUUGUUUUUAAUUGAUCUGUGUAAUCAGGUUUUGGCUGUUCCUAA